AGGACGCUGGCUAGAAGUACUUGCUCCACGUUUCUACGUACUUCAUGAGAGUACCAAGUAGAAGAAAAGAUGCGAGUGAAUUUGUUGUGUGUAGUCUUGUCUGCUGUCGUUGGCUGGUGGAAUCCUGCCCGUUAGCUGGUUUAGUUCUGCUCGUUGGCUUCGAGCUGGAGGAGGUUAAUGGACUCCACCCGCCGUCGGCAGGCGCAGGUAUACCGGAUAUCACUGGGGUCACCCUUUCGGAGAUCUUGCCCUACAAAGCUAAGGCCAGGGUAGGGCGCGUAAAUGAAUGUCGCCUGUGGAACUAGCUCCAUCGCAGCUGGGCUCAUAUCGUAGAUGCUACGUCGUUAGAGGAAGCUGUGGAGAUUGCACCCGAAAUACAAAUGAGCACAUGGCGAAUUAGUAUGGAUAUAGAGGACGCGGACGCUGUGAAGUAUAGACUUGCGUCUUGUUCCCUGUUC